AUGAAACGUAGACUUCUCGUCUCGGCAUCUUGGCUCAGGGCAUAUCACCGCGCGCUCACUAAUUCCUUUGAGGUGUCGGGAUAUCAGGUGAUCUCUUGCUCGAUAAGGAGAGCAAAACCUGUUAACCCUUUGACUUAUGGGUGCACGCUUAUCCCAGAAGCAGAAAAAGCAUUGGCUGGUAUCGCAGCUUUGAGGGAAGCCAUCCGUCUCCGUCUUCGCCUCGGACUUCACCUUGGCCUUUACACACCGAGUUUCACGCUCUCCUCCGAGAAGUACCAUUGCAUUUGUAGUGUAGAUGCGAUGCUUCAGCUUAGUUUCGUCGUCUAG